AAUAUUUUUUUUUUUUGCUCUCCUUCCCAUUCUUCCUAUGCAGACAGACACACAACAUGGCGGACUAGAGUAGUCGACCGACGCGCCCGGAUACAGCGGAUAAACUGUGGGGGUUUUACCAUCCAAGGAGACAAACAAAGGAACCUCCGACCGGACAGCAGAUCCUGGAGAACUGGUGUGCUUUUCAGGGGGAGCCAUCUUUAUCUGGAUUUAGCAGGAAAAACUGACUGCGAAGUGUUGGCAGUGUGUCCCAGGUUGCGCUUCCCCCCCAACCCCGCUCACACUCCUCUCUGUUCCUGGGGUGUGGAGACAGGGGCCGGGUUGGAAAAACGUGGAAAGAGAAGGAGCGGAUAAAAUCCCCCACCCCCCUCUCUUUUGGCCAUCUUUUCUCCCGGAACGGGUUCCCCAUCUGUGCGCCGCAGGAGUUGUGGACCAAGUUGUGCGAAUGAGUGACUGAUGCCAACUUCGCUUCUUCAGGGCAGAAUGGGUGUGUGUCCCCUGCUCCUGCUUCUUGCUGUAGCCCUCGGGGCCACAGCCCAGGAUCCACAAAUCACCACAGCUCCUCCUGCCACACCAGCACCCACCACCCAACAAUCCAACUCGAACGCAACAACCAUCCAAGGAACCACUACAGUCGAACCAUCAACAACAAAUUCAGCAGUAGAAGAAAGCACCGCAACAGAAACACCUGAAAACAAUGAUAAAAACUAUGAUACCUCCUCCAAAGACACACCGGCAGCAGGUCCUAAUAAUUCUUCAAUAUCUGAUGAGUUGAAUUCGACUGAGCCUCCUACCAAACCAGCAUUGUCCGCCAUCACAACCAUCACAACCAUCACAACCAAAAUCCCAGACGAUAUAGAUGACAAAUCAGUAAUCGCUGUGAUGGUGGCCCUGUCAUCGCUGCUGGUCAUCAUCUUCAUCAUCAUUAUCCUCUACAUGCUCAGAUUUAAGAAGUACAAGCAAGCAGCAAGCCAUUCAAAUGCCUUCAGAUUGACCAACGGCAGAUCAGAUGACACAGAACUCCAGAGCGUGCCGCUAUUGGCUCGGUCUCCCAGCACAAACAGGAAGUACCCACCCAUUCCCGUAGACAAACUUGAGGAAGAAAUGAACCGUCGCAUGGCUGAUGACAACAAGCUCUUCAGGGAGGAGUUCAAUGCGCUGCCAGUCUGUCCCAUUCAGGCAUCAUGUGACGCAGCUUCCAAAGAGGAGAAUAAAGAAAAGAACCGAUACAUCAACAUCCUGCCAUAUGAUCACUCCAGGGUUCAUCUCUCCUCUCUGGAAGGAGUCCCCGACUCUGACUUUAUCAACGCUUCUUUUAUAAAUGGGUACCAGGAGAAGAAUAAAUUUAUUGCAGCCCAAGGGCCAAAGGAGGAAACGGUAAAUGACUUUUGGAGGAUGAUUUGGGAGCAGAAUACAGCCACCAUUGUCAUGGUUACCAAUCUAAAGGAGAGAAAAGAGUGUAAGUGUGCGCAGUACUGGCCGGACCAGGGCUGCUGGACUUACGGGAACAUCCGCGUGUCUGUUGACGACGCCGUGGUUCUGGUGGACUACACUGUCCGCAAGUUCUGCAUCCAACAGGUGGGCGACGUGUCGGGGAAGAAACCUCAGAGACUCGUCACUCAGUUCCACUUCACCAGCUGGCCGGAUUUCGGGGUUCCCUUCACUCCGAUCGGCAUGCUGAAGUUCCUCAAGAAAGUCAAGAACUGCAAUCCUCCUUAUGCAGGCCCCAUUGUUGUUCACUGCAGUGCGGGUGUAGGAAGGACAGGUACCUUUAUAGUCAUUGAUGCCAUGUUGGACAUGAUGAAUGCAGAGAGGAAGGUGGACGUGUUCGGCUUUGUCACCCGGAUAAGAGCCCAGCGCAGUCAGAUGGUCCAGACUGAUAUGCAGUACGUUUUCAUCUUCCAAGCGUUGUUAGAGCACUACCUGUUUGGAGACACGGAACUAGAGGUGACCUCGCUAGAGUGCCACUUAGCUAAACUCGGCGCUAACUCACCCGGAGCCGGCUGCAGCGGUCUGGAGGCCGAAUUUAAGAAACUAACAUCCAUCAAGAUUCAGAAUGACAAGAUGAGAACGGGGAACCUGCCUGAUAACAUGAAGAAGAACAGAGUGCUGCAGAUCAUUCCAUAUGAGUUUAACAGAGUAAUCAUUCCAGUCAAACGAGGAGAGGAGAACACGGACUACGUCAACGCCUCCUUCAUUGAUGGUUACCGUCAGAAAGACGCCUACAUAGCGAGUCAGGGGCCCCUCACGCACACCAUAGAAGACUUCUGGAGGAUGAUCUGGGAGUGGAGGAGCUGCUCCAUCGUGAUGCUCACUGAGCUGGAAGAGAGAGGACAGGACAAGUGCGCUCAGUACUGGCCCAGUGAUGGGGCGGUGUCCCACGGGGACAUCAUCAUUGAGCUUAAAAGGGAGGAGGAGAACGAGAGCUACACGGUGCGCGACCUCCUGGUCACCAACAGCAGGUCAGUUUUUGUCAAUCAUAUCCAGGAGAACAAGGCUCGACUUGUGCGCCAGUUUCAUUUCCACGGCUGGCCAGAGGUGGGCAUCCCUGCGGACGGUAAAGGCAUGAUCAACAUAAUUGCUGCGGUGCAGAAACAGCAGCAGCAGUCUGGCAACCAUCCCAUCACUGUGCACUGCAGCGCUGGUGCGGGCCGGACAGGGACUUUCUGUGCUCUCAGUACGGUUCUGGAGAGGGUGAAAGCAGAGGGUAUCCUGGAUGUCUUCCAGACCGUGAAGAGCCUCAGACUACAGAGACCGCACAUGGUGCAGACACUGGAGCAGUACGAGUUCUGCUACAAAGUGGUCCAGGAAUACAUCGACGCUUUUUCUGACUACGCCAACUUCAAGUAGGGCCUUGCAAUGGACGGAUCAACAGAUGGAUAUCCACAUACACCUAUUACAAGUAUAAGCGUGUACCAGAACACACACACACACACACACACACACACACACACACACAAAAUGUCUUGCAGCAACUGCAUUUUCCCCAAUCUCGUGGAUGAUGAAGACGGACUGAUUGCGCAAUCAGCGGAUCGGAGUUACCACCCGCCUGAAAAGGGAACCGACGUCUACGCCCGAAGGACAGGGCAGCGCAGAUGGACACAAAAUUACUGAGAUGCCUUCUUGAAUCUUUUGUAAGGAUGUUAAUGACAAACCGUCACCCUAUUCUUGCUUUACAUAGUCACACCCUCCCCCUCCCCAACCAACAAACAUGUAUAUAUACUUACUGUGUUGCAUUUUAUCACUUUGUUUUCAGACACAGUUUUGAGUUUGGCUGCAUUUUUCAAGUGGCACCUGUAAUGUAUUUUAUUGGUAUAUACAGAUAUAUAAAAAUAUAAAUAUAUAUGAAUACAAACC